UAAAACCCUAAAUUAUCUAUUUACGAUAGAAGCCUAAAAUAGGAAAAUGAACAACAGCAAGCAACAACCUUGGAAGUUGGAAGCUGAUCUCAGUCUCAGUCCUUCGUUCCCGUGAUCGUCGCUGUUCCUCAGUAUCUCAAUCUAUCCUUCCAAGAAGCAAUAUGAAGAACCAACAUGGUUAUGUGCCACCUGCUUACAUUCCUUUGGGGCAAUCAGAUUCAGUGGCAUUGGAUGUUUCUCCACCUCAGGGCAAUGAGCAACAUAGGACCAGCAAUGUAUCAAACCAAAUCCAGCCUCAGUGGUCUUCUGGAAUCUGUGCUUGUUUCGAUGAUAUGCAGAGCUGUUGCAUAGGUUGUCUUUGUCCUUGCUUUCUCUUUGGGAAGAAUGCAGAAUUUCUCGGUUCUGGAACUUUCUUGGGAUCAUGUGUUACCCAUUUUGCAUUGUGGGGUCUGGUUAAUGUAGGCUGCUGCUUUUUAACUGAUGGCUUGCUUUUGGGAUUACCUGGAUGCCUUGUUUCAACUUAUGCUUGUGGCUACCGCAGGACCUUAAGGUCAAAGUAUAAUUUGCCGGAAGCACCUUGUGGGGACUUUGUUACCCACUGUUGCUGUCAUCUGUGUGCCAUUUGUCAAGAGUAUCGUGAGAUACGUGAAAGAUCUGGGGAUAGUGAAGCCACCGAUAUGAAGCUGGCUGUAGUUACAGCUCCACCAAUCCAGGCAAUGCAGUCAGAUUCCAAGUAGUAAUGCUACUAGCCUGCCCUCCUCAUCUAUCUAUGAAUUGAAGGGUUGCAAACUUGGCUGUGGCUUGUGGUUCAUUACGCGCUUCAAGUUCAAGCAGUUAUACCAUAAUGCUGAUUAUCAAUUUUUUUCAGUUUUCCUUAUCCAGUUCUCUUUUGAGAAAACUAGAAGAUUAUAAAAAACUCAGUUGUAAAUGAAAUUUUAGUAUGUACAGUGGCUAGUUAUGUUACUUUUUCAUUGUCAUGUUUACUCUUUUUUCAUUCAUGAUAAAGGAAACAACUUAUCCCGUGGUAUUA